AUGCGGGCAAGAGCAGAGCACGCUGCUGAAUCGGAUCAUCGGGCACCCCUGUUCCGAUCCGAUUCAGCAGUGUGCUCUUUCUUCCCUCGCAUCCCUCGCAUCCCUCACAUACCCCAAUCCCCCAAUCCCUCACAUCCCCCAAACCUCAGGCUACGUGGCGUUGAUGGGGCAGCCCAAUCCGCGCUAGGCACGCUGCUGAACCGCCUCAUCAGGCAAAGGCUGUCUUUCCUUUUCCAAGCUGCCUCUUCCCUUUCCUCAUAUCCCCUAAUCCACGUGCUUCUCAGGCUACGUUACGUGGCGCUGAUAGGGCAGCCCAACGCGGGCAAGAGCACGCUGCUGAACCGCCUCAUCGGGCAGAAGCUGCCUUCCUGCUCCCACUCGCCUCCCCUUCCGCCUCACCUCUCUUCACCUCGCUCAUUACCUCUCCUCACGCCUCCUCACCGUUACGUGGCGUUGAUAGGGCAGCCCAACGCGGGCAAGAGCACGCUGCUGAACCGACUCAUCGGGCAGAAGCUGUCGAUCGUCACACUUGCCUCCCCCUUCCCUCACCCCUCCUCACCGCUCUUCACCCCCCCAGGCUACGUGGCCCUUAUAGGGCAGCCCAACGCGGGCAAGAGCACGCUGCUGAACCGACUCAUCGGGCAGAAGCUGUCGAUCGUCACACUUGCCUCCCCCUUCCCUCACCCCUCCUCACCGCUCUUCACCCCCCCAGGCUACGUGGCCCUUAUAGGGCAGCCCAACGCGGGCAAGAGCACGCUGCUGAACCGACUCAUCGGGCAGAAGCUGUCGAUCGUCACACUUGCCUCCCCCUUCCCUCACCCCUCCUCACCGCUCUUCACCCCCCCAGGCUACGUGGCCCUUAUAGGGCAGCCCAACGCGGGCAAGAGCACGCUGCUGAACCGACUCAUCGGGCAGAAGCUGUCGAUCGUCACACUUGCCUCCCCCUUCCCUCACCCCUCCUCACCGCUCUUCACCCCCCCAGGCUACGUGGCCCUUAUAGGCCAGCCGAACGCAGGCAAGAGCACGCUGCUGAACCGACUCAUCGGGCAGAAGCUGUCGAUCGUCACUCAGAAGCCGCAGACCACCCGCCACCGCAUCCUGGGCCUCGUCUCCGCGCCCGCCUACCAGGUGAGGGGGGUUGUGUGUAGUAAGGCAUGUGAUGUGGGAUGGGAUGGGGGAGGCAAGGGGGGCCCCACACACAGGAAGCCUCAGAAGCCGCAGACCACCCGGCACCGCAUCCUGGGCCUCGUCUCCGCGCCCGCCUACCAGGUGAGGGGGGUUGUGUGUAGUAAGGCAUGUGAUGUGGGAUGGGAUGGGGGAGGCAAGGGGGGCCCCACACACAGGAAGCCUCAGAAGCCGCAGACCACCCGGCACCGCAUCCUGGGCCUCGUCUCCGCGCCCGCCUACCAGGUGCGUGGGGGAGGUGAGGGGUGCAUGUGGUGGGUGGGUGGGCUGAUGGUGGGGACGUGGGGUCACACAGAAGCCACAGAAGCCGCAGACCACCCGGCACCGCAUCCUGGGACUCGUCUCUGCCCCUGCGUACCAGGUGGGUGGGGAGGAGAGGGGCUGUGGACCUCCGCCUUGUUUUCACACGCCGUCGCCUUUUGUCUAUCCGUCCGUCCCCCCCUCUUCUUUCUUCUGCAGAUCAUUCUGUACGACACGCCCGGGAUCAUUCUGUACGACACGCCCGGCGUGCUCUCCAAGUCAAUGCACAAGCUGGACGAGCUCAUGAUGCAGGCGGUGCGCACUGCUACAGUCAACGCCGACGCUGUUGUCCUCGUUAUAGACAUCACCCAGGCGCCCCAAGAGGUAUCAAAGCUGCUACUAGAGGGGAUGGAGAGUGCAGUGGUGCAAAAGAAGCCGACGCUCAUAGUGCUGAACAAGAAGGACUCGCUGAAGCCGGGGGAAGUUGCCAAGAAGCUCAAGUGGUACCAAGACGCUGUAGCAGCAGAUGGGAACACGGUGAUCACUCUGAGUGCCAAGAGGGGCGAAGGGGUGGAUGGGCUACUGGCGUGGAUGCUGGAUAACAUUCCGCAAGGCCCCGCCUACUACCCCAAGGACGUGGUGAGCGAGCUACCAGAGCGGUUCUUCGUGGCGGAGAUAGUGAGGGAGAAGAUUCUGCUGCAGUACUCACAGGAAGUGCCGUACGCCUGCCAGGUGACAGUGAGGGCGUUCAGGGAGAGGGAGAAGGCAAAGGACUACAUCAGCCUUGACAUCAUGGUGGAGCGGGACAGCCAGAAGGCCAUCCUGCUGGGGAAGGAGGGCAAGCAGCUCAAGGCGCUGGCAACGGCAGCUCGGAUGGACAUAGAGGAGUUUCUGGGGCGAGAGGUGUUCCUGGAG